AUGCACGUAGUCGACGAAAAGGAUUUAAAACAAGAGUACGAGGAGCACGAAGUAGCUCCAGAUGGUGUAUUGAGACACGGACAAACUGUUGACUUGGAGACUUACAGUAAUGAUGACGAAGAAUUUGGUGGAUAUGAGAACAGAAAAAAGAUGGAACGCAAAUUGCUUUGGAAAACUGAUGCCAGAUUCGCCAUUAUGAUUAUCAAAACAAUGUCCCGGCGGCUCGUCAUCAAGGUUUAG